AUGCUGCGGCACCGCUUAUAUCUAAGAAUUCUCCAAAGUGCCUUGUAUAGUGGGAAACCAACAUCUCCAAACUUCACCGCCGUCUGCUUUUUCAAAAUGACUUCAGGGUUUGCGAUCUUCCUUUUCAUUGUCUUUGCAGUACCAAGCUAUAUCUCCUGCGAGCAAGAACUUGAGGCAGUCCGAGCGGCCAGGUUUGGCAUUUUGCAAGCCGUUAACUGGGCUCAAAGCUUGAGAAGAUAUCAUGAUCACUUGGAUCAUGGCUCACGAUUUGGUGAUAUUGCUAUUGCUGAUUGCUUGAAGCUUUAUGAGGAGUCUGAGCCAUUGCUUGCAUGGUUAGAAUUGUCUAGCAAGAAUUACAGCCAAGCUGAUGCAGUCACCUGGUUGAGUGCGGCCUUGGCUAGCCACAGAAGUUGUUUGGAUGGCUUGGAGGAGAAGGGUUUGUCUUUUGAUACGCAGGCAGCACAAAACUUAACUCUGUUGCUUCACGCAGCUUUGGCUUCGGUAAAGCUACGAGGCAAUUUUGGAAGGUCAAUAAGGCAUGGGAUUCCAAGAAAACGGGGCACUGAUCAAUAUUGGGGGCUAUUAGCAUCAUGGAGUCCAGCAACGUCGAAGGCUGAUAUUGUAGUUGCGCAAGAUGGAUCAGGAAACUUUAAGACGAUAAAGGAGGCAGUGGCUGCUCUUGGUAGAACUAAUAGGCCAGGAAGAGCAGUAGUAUACGUGAAAUCGGGGUUAUACCAUGAGAAGGUGGAGAUCCCGAGAAAUUUGGAGAAUGUCAUGUUUGUUGGGGAUGGUAUCGACAAAACAAUUGUCACCGGCAAUCAAAAUGUCGUUGAUGGUGCAAGUACCUUGAGCUCUGCUACCUUUGGUAUUUCUGGAAACGGCUUUUGGGCAAGAGACAUAACGUUUGAGAACACAGCAGGACCUCAAAAAAGGCAGGCCGUGGCACUUAGGGUAGGCUCAGACCUCGCGGUCUUCUAUCGCUGCAGUUUCAAAGGUUACCAAGACACCCUCUUGGUUCAUUCGCUAAGACAAUUCUAUCGCGAUUGCCAGAUACAUGGGACCAUCGACUUCAUCUUUGGUGAUGCAUCAGCUGUCUUCCAAAAUUGCGACAUUUUCGUGCGUAGGCCAAUGGAUGACCAGUCUAACAUGAUAACUGCACAAGGGAGGGAUCACCCUGAUCAGAAUACGGGGAUUUCAAUAAUAAACUGUCGAGUUGCACCAUCCUCUGAUUUCAGCCCCUUUACGGGGAGGUUCAAUAGUUACCUUGGUCGGCCGUGGAAGCAAUAUUCAAGAACCGUAUUUCUUAAGACGGACUUGGGUGGCUUAGUUCAUCCACGGGGAUGGAGCGAAUGGGCUGGAAAUUUUGCUCUUUCAACACUGUAUUAUGGGGAGUAUAUGAACACAGGACGUGGAGCUUCUACUGCAAACAGGGUGAAAUGGCCUGGAUUUCAUCCAAUGUACGAUCCCCGUGAGGCUAGUUGGUUUUCUGUAAGAAAUUUCAUCCAGGGGGACCUGUGGCUUUCUGCCACCGGAGUACCAUCUUCGCUUGAUGUUUGA